GAAGGAUUUUGUUUCCGCUACAAGGAGUACGAAGUAAACACAUGCUACCAAUCCAGUUGUGUGGUAGUGAACACUAAACAGUCGCCCAAGAGGAUCCACACGUGAGUACGUUCUAAUACAGCUAUAAAAGUGAAUGCGAAGAUAGGCAUUUUAUGGAGAUGGAUCCAGAUUUGGCUCGCAGCCUAUUUGAAGAAGGUGCAACUCUUGUUCUUCUAGAGGUUCCAGAAGGAACUGAAUUUGGAAUUGAUUAUAACACAUGGCAAGUUGGACCACGUUUUCGGGGGAUAAAAAUGAUCCCUCCUGGAAUUCAUUUUUUACAUUACAGUUCUCACAGCAUUCAUGGCAGUGGUGAAGAAACCGGGCCACGCACUGGGAUUUUCCUUUGUCUUAAACCCAGAGAUAUUCUACUUGCUCGCUGGAGCAAAACCGAAGAGGAACUGAAAUUUUGUGACUCUGAGGCAGAGGAAGAAAUUGAACGCAUUCGGUCAAGCCUCCAGGAUCUUGAUAGAUUCUUAGGUCCUUAUCCCUAUGACACACUACGCAAAUGGGUGUCUCUUACAGACCGCGUGACAGAGGACACUGUACGUAAACUGCAGCCAUUGAAUAAUAAAAUUUGUUCUUUUGCUGAGGUUGUUCCUGAACUGGCUAUGCGUCAUACUAAAGACCGCCUGGAGCAGAAUUUAACUCCUUAUGACACUGAAUGCCAUAGUAUGCAAGAAGGACUAGCUCGGUUGCCCAAAAUGAAGCAGAAGGAAGGUACUGAGCUACGAUUCUCUGAAAUUCCCAAACAGACAUAUCCUGUAGGAGCUACUCCUUCUCAGAUAACUCAGUGCAGCAUGGACCUCAGCUAUGCUCUGCAAGUGUUACUUGACCGCUAUUACAAACAGGACCCGCAACAGAUAUUAGGAGAAUUGCAAUUUGCAUUUGUUUGCUUUCUGAUUGGGAAUGUAUAUGACAGCUUUGAGCACUGGAAGAGACUGUUGAAUCUUAUGUGUCGCUCUGAGGAUGCCAUGCAGAAACACAGCACAUUAUACACGAGUCUUAUUACUGUCCUGUAUCACCAGCUUGGAGAAAUCCCUCCAGAUUUCUUUGUUGACAUAGUCUCAAAGGAAAAUUUCCUCACUGUCACAUUACAGGAGUUCUUUUUAUUUGCUACCAAUCCUGCUGUCGACAAUAACCUACGCAAGAGGGCAACCAAGUUUAAAGCUCAUCUGACUAAAAAAUUUAAAUGGAAUUUUGAAGCAGAUCCCGAAGACUGUGCCCCAGUGAUCGUGGAACUUCCAGAAGGCUGUGACGGAGAAUAACCUUUGAAAAGUCACAUCUAAUAUUUCUUCGGACUGUGUGUUUUUUGAUACUAUAAUGAACACUUGCAGCGGAUUUUUGUUAUUGUUGGUAACUACAGGAAAAGUAUACGUCAUAAAUGGACUGAAUAGUCACUACCUUAAUUUAAAAACUUUGGAUUAACUUCACUUCUAUAGGCAAAUUUUGAAAUUGUCAACUAUGGUAAUACUGCUCAAUUACUAUUUUCAUUUAACUUACUGUAUAUAAACAGAAUGCAAUAAA